AUGCCUCCAAGCAGCAGGCGGUCAUUCGCGAUUGCCACUUGCGGCCACCGCGGCGGCGUAAGCCGCCGUGCUCUGCUGGUACUUUGCCGUGCUGGCAAGUUCGACGAUGAGCGCCCGCUCAGCCAGCUCCUCAAGCACUCCUGCCCCUACUGCGGGUAUUCCAUCUCUUCCAAAAACUACGGAGGCCACCACACGAAGAGCUGCAAGGCGCUUGCGGAGGAUCCCCGCGAACGGGAGAGGCGGGUACAGGAGUCCGAAGCCAAGUUUAAGCGUCUCCGGGACGCAGAUGGCGGAGGUGGCGGGCGCCGCGUUUCCGGCGGGUUGGAAGGCCGCGGUUCUCCUCCUCCUCCUCCCUUGGCGGCGGCAACUAGUGCACCUGCCAGAGCAGCACCAGGGCCACGCGAUUCCGUGGCCCGGGCGCGGAGCGCCGCCACCCUACAGGCACCUGUACGCGGAGUGUUCUCGCCAUCUCCCCUGCGGGGUGCGGCUCCAGAGGCCAGGGAAUCCCCUCCACCACUGCGGCCGCCCGCCACCCCCAACCCCGCCUGGGGCGGUGCCAACGGCUCCCCUCCACUGCCAGCAGCAGCCUCCAGAGCCCCGCCCUCUCCUCCCCCGGGCCCGCCCCAACCGCCAGCGGGCGGCCCCAGCAGCCAGUCCACACGUGGUUCAGGUCCGGUUUCGGAGCCCGAGGGGGGAGGCUUGCCAGGAAGGUAUGGGACGGUGAGCGCGCCGGCGCCUGGGACGUUCGGCAGCAUCCCCUUGGGAGCCGCACUGCCCGGUCAGGACGGUGUGAGGGCGGGGGCCAGCUACGUGGCAGCGCAGCAGCCACUGCAGCAGCAAUCGCCCUGGCAGCAGUCCCUUACACCGCAACCGCAACCGCAUGAGAGCGGUAAUAACGGUAACAACGGUACCGGCCAUAGGGUGGGGCUUACGUCAAAUGGAAAUGGCACUGGUUUCGGUGCGGGGGUCAGCAGCAGCGGCAGUGAUGCUGAUGAUGCUGAUGGCGGUGGUGGCGGUGCUUAUGGCAAUGGCGCUGAGGCAGCUUCCACGGGCUCGGCCGUGAUUCGGCAGGCGGCAUCCUCCUCCUCAUCCUCCCGGAAGCAGUACCGCAAACCCAAGAUGGAGCCCCUGCGGUGGCCGGGAUUUGAUGAACAGGGGGAGAUGGACAAACUGGCGCUCAAUGCGGCGGGGUUCUGGAACGUGGUUUCGGUGCCUAACGGUGCCCCCGCCGCCACCUCCGCCUCCCCUUCCUCCCCGCCGGAGCAGCUCUUCGUCCGCCCCGGCGAACGUGACCAGCUCCGCGCCCGCGUCAAGCUCCACUACUCCUACCUGGAUUCCUUCCUGAUGGCGCUGCCAGCGGAUGUGGGUCGCUGUCGCUUCACCCUGGCCACCGAUAACGACCCCGCGGGGGGGGCGCUGCGGCGGGAGCUGCUGCGGCGGCUGGGAAGGGAGAGGUGCUGGGAGGUGGUCAGCUGGGAUAACGAGGAGGAGGUGGCGCUCGAGGAGGCCGAGGCGGCGGCGGGUGCUGACGGGGCCGGAGGGUUCCACCUAGCUGCUGCUGCUGCUGCUGUCCCUCCCGGUGCUGCGGGGCUUCUGGCGGCCGGAGGGGAGGGGGCGGCUGCGGGGCUGCAUCCCCCUGCUCUCCCCCGACGGGGACGGGGCGGCUUCAGGAAAGAUGCCAACGAGGUCCUGAUGCUGGACGGACCGGAACAGCUGGUUGCCGUACUGGAGUCCGCCCAGCCGGCCAAGGUAUCCGGACUGGCCACGUUUCGGGAGUUCGAAAUGGAGAUCGCCGCCUACUUCCAGCGCCAGGACCCCCUCCAGCUGGGGGUGUCGACGGGCUGGCGCUGCCUGGACCCCUUCUACCGGGUGGCGCCCGGAGAGCUGACCAUUGUCACGGGUGAAACAAGGGGGGGAAGGGGGGGAUGUGCGCGUGUGUGUAUGUGUGUGUGUGAAUUCGGCAUCCGAGGUCUCCUGAUCGAUCCCUACAACGAGCUGGAUUCCCGCCGUCCCCGCGACACCUCCGAAACCGACUUCAUUCGGGAGCUGCUCACGAAGAAGGUGCUCACAGGACAGGCGCCCGGGCUGUACGACAUUUCGGGCUCUGCUCAUUGGUUUAACAAAACGGACAACGGCAUCGUGGUGCACCGCCGCUUCCAGGAGCGCACCCACCCCGACACGGGAAAGCGGUACCGGGUGGCCCUCCCGGAGGUGGACAUCAAGCUGCAAAAGGUGCGGAACAAGGACAUAGGCACGCAGGGGGAGGCCUACCUGCUGUACGACAAGGCCACCGGGCGGUACGAGGACCCGGAUGUACUGCUUCGGGAAGCGGCGGUCAGCUACCGUGGCGGAGGUGCAGGGGGCGGCGGUGGUGGUGGUGGUGGUGGCAGUGGCGGUGGCGGUGGCGGGCUGGAUCGGAUCCAGCUCCGAAACCUGGAGGUGGGCUACGUCUUCAACAGCGGGUCGUACACCCCUCAUCAUCAGCAGCAACAACAACAGCUACACCCGCAGCCGCUGGGCCCGGGACCGGACAAUAACAACCCGAACGGCAAGCAGCACUCGCAGAUCAUCGACGUGACGCUGGCUCCGGUCCCACCGGCCCCCUCGCAACCCCCCUCGCCAGCCCCCAAUCAGCUGGCUACCGCGGCUCCUGCGGCGGCGGCGGCGGCACUUGCACCGCCUCACAGAUCACAGGCCCCGGCACAGCUCGCUAGCGCUCAGCUCCCCCCGCCGCACCCAUCACAGCCCCAGCAGCUGCAGCUGCAGCCGGGCUCACAGCCGUUCUACCCACCCCCGCUGCCGUCAUCGCCGCCGCAGCAGCCGCCACUUGGCAGCCCCGACAUUGGCCGCGGUGGGGCGGCAGCGCCUCCGCCUGCUUCUCCGCCGCCUCAACGGCUGGGGAUAACAUCCUCGGUUGAGUCCGGCAGCUUCUCCCCCCCGGCGGCUGCUGCAGCUGCUGCGACCCCGGCGGCCGCGGCACCGAAGGCACCGGGCCCGGCGGCUAGCAAGGAGGCCCAGGGCCGUCAGCAGCGAGCUGCGGCCAAGGCGGCAGGGACCCGCGGAGGCAGUCUGGGUGGUUUCGGAGGCAGCAGCAGCAACAACAGUAGGGCCAGCAGGAGCAGCAAGGGUAACGGGGUUCGCAAAGUGGAGGGUUUUUUGUCGCCUGAGCUGCUCCGUUUGGCGAUGGAGGAGGAGGCCGGCCGGGGGGCCGUUCGCUUGCGGGAUAACGGCAGUGCGUGUGGCUGGGACGCGGAUGAGAGCCUUUCUGGGGCGGAGGAGGAGGAGGAGGACGAGGAACGAGAGGAGGAGGACGAGGAGGGGGCAGCUCGAGGGGGGUGGAGGAUGGGGAGGCGCCGCCGCCGCAGCGGGGGCAUCAGCCGGGGUUUGGGGGCGCGAGAUGGAGGGGGGGUAAUGAUGUUUCGUGACGGCGUGUGGGCGCCCAAGGAGCCCGAGAGCCCCGGCUCGCUUGCUAGCACGUUGGCGGAGAACGAAUGCGGCAUCUGA